GGUUUUUUCUUUAUAAGACACACCAGCUGCAUGGAAGCAGAAAACCACACAGAAGUGUCACAAUUCCUCCUCCUGGGUCUCUCAGAUGACCCUAAACUGCAGCCCCUCCUCUUUGGAGUUUUCCUGUCCAUGUACCUGUUCACUGUGCUUGGAAACCUGCUCAUCAUUGUGGCCGUCAGCUCUGACUCCCACCUCCACACGCCCAUGUAUUUCUUUCUCACCAACCUGUCCUUUGUUGACAUCUGUUUCACCUCCACCACGGUCCCAAAGAUGCUGGUGAAUGUCCAGGCACAGAGCAAAAACAUCUCCUACAUCGGAUGCCUCAUUCAGGUGUAUUUUUUUAUGAUUUUUGCUGGAAUGGACAACUUCCUCCUGACUGUGAUGGCCUAUGACCGGUAUGUGGCCAUCUGCCAACCUCUGUACUACAUGGUCAUCAUGAACCCACACUUCUGUGGUUUUCUUGUUCUUGUGUCUUGGCUCAUCAUUUUCUGGGUCUCCCUUGUUCAUAUUCUAUUGAUGAGGCAGAUGACAUUCUGUAUGGGCACAAAAAUUCCACAUUUUUUUUGUGAACUGGCUCAGAUCCUCAAGGUGGCCUGCUCUGAUACCCUCAUCAAUAACAUUUUCAUGUAUGUAGCUGCUGUCCUAUUGGUUGUGUUUCCUUUUACUUGUAUUAUUUUUUCUUAUUCUAAGAUCGUCUCCUCUUUAAUGAGACUAUCCUCUACAGGAGGGAAAUAUAAAGCAUUUUCCACCUGUGGCUCUCACCUCUCCGUGGUCUCAUUGUUCUAUGGGACAGGCCUGGGGGUUUACCUCAGUUCUGCUCUGACCCAUUCUUCCCUACACAACUCAGUUGCCUCAGUCAUGUACACCGUGGUCACCCCCAUGCUGAACCCCUUCAUCUACAGCCUGAGGAACAAGGAUGUUAAAGGGGCCCUGAGAAAGCUCCUAACACUAGCAGCAUCUUGUCUGAGAUAG